AUGGUAAACAAUCGAUUGUCCUCAAAUAACAAUCGAGAUGUUCUGGAAACUCCCUUGGUCAAAUCUUUGUGCGGCGUGUGCCAGCAGGAGGAGGAACUCUGGGAUGCCAUAUAUGACGUCGUAGAGGUGCUCCAAGUAGACGCCAACGACUCACGUCAAAGGUUCUUGUACCAGGAGUGCCCCAACGUGCUGAUUAGCGAUGCCAAGUUUAGCAGGAAGUGCUCGAAGAAAGAGAUGAGGGCUUGGGUCGAUACUCAGAAGCACCCGACGGAAAUGGAGACCACUGAGUCUUGCCAUACUUCUAAGAAGCGGUCCCUCGUCUGCGAAAUAUGUUCGACGACAUUCAAGGACAAAAUAUCCCUAGUCGCUCAUCAGAGGCGACACCAGCAGGUCUUAGAGUACAUGUGCCUACACAGCGAAUGUGACUUUUUGGAGGAGAUCGAUCUACGACGACAUAUAGCCGCCUGGCAUAUGAACGACUGGCCCCACACUUGCACCGUUUGCCAAAGCAGCUUCUUCCGAGUGGAAAUUGUGGCUUCCUGUGAAGCCACAAACGGAAUCACACUGGAAAUCGCCUGCACCGCUGCCUAG